AUGGCCGAGUCGACGCCUCUGCUGCCGCCACGCGUCGUGCGCGUGCCACUGACGCCGCCCAGGCACGAGCACCGCAUCCGCAUCUUGAUGUCGCCACCCCGGCACAUUGAGCACCAUGACAGCACCGACAGCACAGGCAGCGGCGAGAGCAGCGGCGAGCACCCGCACCUGCUGCGGACGCCGUCACGCUCCAAGCAGCGCUGGGUCCACGCCGUGCGCAAGGUGCAACAGGCGUCGCCAUCACACCGGUGGCUGGACGCGAUCCAGCGGCUCAAAGGCAAGCGAACGGGGUUCGUCGCCCGGCCAGCCGCGCAGUCGCGCAAGGAUCUUCUUGCCUUCUCGCUGGACGACAUUGAUGCGUUCUUGGGUCGAACCAAGCCACCGGCCAUCGAGUACCUCGUCGUCGAAGUCCUCGUCCAUAAGAACCCGUUGCACCCGUCGCACCUCGGACGCUGGGCACACUCGGCCGUCCGCUAUACGCUCCCGGACGGCGCGCAAAAGCUCGUCAACAUUUGCAGACCCGGGGAUGGCCGCGAGCUCAUCGAGUUCUUUGACGACCCGGAGGACUACAUCCUCGGCGUCAAAGGCAAGGGCGGGAUUUUCGCCCGGGACAUUUGCUCGGUGCGUAUCGAAGACGUCAACCCAGCGUCGAUGAUGGCGCUGCAUCACCACUUUCUCGCGACCUCGCACCGCUUCCGUGCCGAUGGGAAAGGCGUCAAGUUUGAGAUCACGGGCGGCUUCUGGCACAACCUCUUCCGCGAAGUGUUUCAUCUGCCGUCCCGACCCAGCGGCAACUGCGCGCGCUGGGUCUCGAAAGGCCUCGUGUACGCCAACGUCCUUCGCCGCCAGAGCAUGUUUCCCAAGGCGAUUUGGGUCGAAAUGAUCGAGAGCCAGGCGGCCACCAACCCGGACAAUGUCCACGUCGUCUACUACAAGCGUAUCCACGCCAAGCAAAAGGAAAAGCCGCACCUCAAGACAGGCUUUAGCUUUACGAGCAUCAAAGCAAUCCUCUUCUUUCCGUCCGACGUCAUCCAGAGCUGGCUGUACUGGGACAUGCGCCAAUACGCCAACGUCAUUGUCGACAACGAUCCGAAGUUGACGCUGGACGAGCAGUCGAAGCGGCUCAAGUGCGAGCUCCAGCCUGGUCGCGGCCGCCGAGUCCACCACUGGGUCGUGUACUUUAUUCGGUUCCUGCACCUCGUCAUCGUCGUGGGUGCGUCGUUGACGUACGUCUUGUACUGCCCCGGCGGCAACCAGACAAAGCACCUCGGGCCCAACUUUACCUACAAUGUCUGUCCCUCGAGUUGGCCCGUCACGGCCGGCUACCGCAUCGUCAUCGUCGUCAUUAUCGUGAGUAUCGUCGAGUUUUGGUUUUAUUAAGAAGCGACAACACGUAUCGCUGACUGCUUGUCUCUUG